AUGCAAAUUUUGAGUUUAAUUAUUGUGUUUAAUGUCUUCGACGAUGUUUGUGGUCAGGAGUUGAUUAGUGAUGAGAUUAAGAAUACACUGAUGGAGAUUAUGGCCACCAUUUGCGACACUAGUGUCCAAUUGCCCGCAGAUAAGGCCAAAGUGGUCACCGAUUGUGAAGAUGAUAUUCCCCGAGUGGUACUUUUUACAUUUAUUUAUCAUCGAUGUAUACGCCAAUCGAUGGACAUUGAUGAAUUUACUCAACCUUUUCCAUGCUAUCGGCUUAUGCCAGGAAAUGAUAAGCUUCAACAAUGUAUGGAUAAGUGGGCGCGAAGG